AUGCUACUAAACGAAUUACGACAAAGCUUGAUGCGACAGCCAAUAACGGCGCCAACCAUGGCAGUUGGUUUUAUGGGUGGUGUUGUUUUGCCUCUCUUAAUAACUAAUGCAAUUGCACAAAGACCAGCUAAUGCAUUGUCACAUGAUGCUAAUGGUGCUGCUGAUACCGAAGCUGAUUAUUACUUUAAUGACAUACUUUUUUGA